UGGGUGGUAUGACCAGAGAGACUGCUAAAGAAAAAGUCUAAGUGAGUAUUUUAAGUGCUGGAACUAAAAACUAGAAAAGGACGUUGUCGGCUCCGAAAGCGAUGAGCACGGAGACAGCAUCGCAGCGGGGUCGGCAAAAAGUCGAGCAGUGAUACGGACAGGUAGCGAGGGAGUAGCACUGUGCAGGACCGCACAGUCCCGCCUCUCUUAACCCUCUUGUCGUGGUCGAUAUGGAGCUUCAGCUGGGUCUCGCUCUCCCAAGCCAUCCCACCGCCGACUUCGACUUAAAGAAAUACGCUUACGGCGGUUACGGACCAAACCAGCUUGUGGGUACUGAAAUAUGGAGCCACGGUGGCCGUUCCGGAAUCAACCAGAAUAACAAACGUAGCUUCGAUGACACCUUUGACAAGUCUAACCCAGAAAUUCGAACACUGCCUCUGCUGUCGUGGAACGACAAGCCAAACGACGACGACGAUUAUAAAGGCCGGGAUAGAGGCUCCUCUUGCUUCUUGGACAACAAGGUUGAAGAGGAGGCAAAUUCUAUUGUGGGGUGGCCACCCAUCAACUCCUGGAGGAAGAAGCUUCACCAUCAGCAUCAAGGUGGAGGAGUCGCCGACGAACGGAUUCAUAGAGACGAGAACGCUUGCCGUGGACCCAAUUCCAAGUACGUCAAGGUGAAGAUGGAAGGUUUGGCUAUAGGAAGGAAAAUUGAUCUCAGUCUCUACAGCUCUUAUCAGACCCUUACCAGUGCAGUAAUCAGCAUGUUCGGGAAGUACCAGAGCAGUGUGCAGGGAGCGAAAAGUGGCCCAGAGCCUACUAGUUACACACUGGUUUAUCAAGACAGAGAAGGAGACUGGCUGCUUGUGGGAGAUGCGCCAUGGGAAACAUUCAUCGGGUCGGUGCAGCGUAUGAAGCUGAUAAAAAGGAGCGGAGGUUAAUCGAGUCGUAUGUCAUCAAGCAUUGACUCGGUUUAGUUGUUGAGAGGAGCACAUAUAUGGUUGUGAGCAUGAAUGGAGAUGAUGUACAAAUUACUUAUUACAUAAGUAAGUUUAGUCUGAGCAGAGAGAGAAAUAAUUCCUCAAAAGUUUGUAGGACAUGUUCGUCAAAAAGAGAAUGAUGGGGGGUUUUGGUGUACAACUUUUUCUUUUUUAUUAUCUUUUUGUUUGCUUUGCAUUGGCUUUGUAUUCACUUUAGUUGUCAUACUUUAUGACUAACAAUUAUGAUUUAUCCAUGCUUUUUUAAUGAAGCGAGUAUUUUCAAACUCA